UGAUGCUGCUGAGCUGGAGCACGAUGGCGGCGGAGACGGUGGACAGCAGCCUCGGUAACAGCCUCGGUAACAGCAUGGCUAACAUGUCUAAAGCGGACAUACUGAGAGGAAUCAUCUCAGAGAAAAUGACCACAGCAGCGCGGGAAAUCUUAGCGGUGGUCGAGAGGAUCGUAGCCGGGUAUGAAGAGGAGGCUUCGGGCUUCAGGCAGGAGAACGACCGGCAGAGGAGACAGCUGGAGCUCCUGCUGCAGCCUCAGGUCAAACAAGAGACAACAGACGACGAGCAGCUGUUUCCUGUCUACGAGCCGCUGCCGGAGGAGGCGUCUGGAGGAGGUGAAGAGGACGAGGGGCAGUACAAAUACGAGCCGAGUGUGGAGGACAGCGAGAGUCUGGGCCUCGUCGUCUGCUACGCUGAUGAGACGGAGGACGAGCAGCGAGCAGAUCGGAGCUCCACGGACGAGCACGAACACCUCACACCGCUGGACUUCGAUACGCCAUCCAGGUCUCCUUCUCCCUCAGUUCGGUCUGACAGGCGGAGCGCCGGCAGACGUCGGAUCAGCGACCGGCAGGAUCCCCUCGUCCUCCGUAUCCGCAUCCUGGACUCUGAGAUCAGCGUGCUCUCCACCAACGUGUUUCAGAAGUACCCGCUUCAGGAGCUGCAGUGUCCUCUCGGCCUGCAGGAGGCGGACUUCCUGGACCUGCUGAGGUCCACCUUCCCUCAGCUGGCUGCUGAUAAACCUUUUGACAUCUUCACCACCAACAAUAGCAGGAGACUGCAGCCGCUCAGUGUGGAGACGCUGACACCAGAGCAGAUCCACAACAGCAUCAAGUCCAUGGGAAAUUCAGCCCUCUACAUCAAACUGAAGGCACAAAACGAGCCGCCGGUCGCUGACAAAGAGCCUCAUCUCCCACAGACAGAAGACGCUGCUGUAGAUUCUCCGUCAAGCUCCAACGUUUUUGUCUCCCAGAGCUCGGUCUAA